AAAAAAUGUUAUCUUUGUGAUGAAAUUCUGCUAGCUGGGGCUGUGCCGUUAUGCAAGGCCACAAGAAAUCGAGAGUUAACAGAAAAGAAAUUGUCCACUGCCGGCAGUAUCGCGUUGUCGGACUUACUCAGAAGCGUUGGGAUAGGUAUUUGUAUUGCAGCGAGCGAAGAAUUCAGAUCGGCAGCUUGCAAAGAAUGUGCAAGAAAACUUUUCAAUUGCUGCACGAUGUUUCAUGAACUUGAAAGUGCUGUCAAAGCCAGGAUCGACGUGGGCUAUUCAGAGUCUACGGAAGGUGGAAUUAAGAGGCUCCAUGGAAAUUCCCCCAGAGGAUCGACACCAAACUCCAAGAAAAUAAAGGAUAUUCCACAACAAGUACAAGAGCCAAGAGAACCUAAAGGUCGGUCAAGGAAAUCCUUAUUUCAGCUCGAAGCCGAUUGGACUGAGCGUGAAAAUCUUGAAGGCGCUAUAGCGAAUUUGAUGUGUUUACCGGUAACAACAACAAAGGACGAAACAGCGCCCAGGCUAGUCGUGAGGGUAAGUGGUUCUUUUUCCAGAUAGUUAAAUUCUAAAUUAAGCUUAAUAGCUGCAGCUACUUGCAAUUAGCGUUUCUUUCAAUGGACGCAAUCAUUUAAUUUCUUUCCUUCUGAUACGGGUAAAGAAACUUAUUCAACGAAAAGAAGCUUUACAAAUUUGAACUGAAAUUGACAACUGUUUAUCGAUAUUCACAUAAGCCUUUUAGAUUCUAUAAGAAUUGCCCGGACAUGUUCUACUCAUUUUUGUUUAUCAAUUGUUGUCUUUAUCUUCAUCUUUCAGAUAUUUAUGGCAUAUUCCAGUGGUCGAGUGAUAGAACACGAGUGUACAGGUGACGAAGAGCUUCUUGUAAAAAACUUAGGAAUCAAAAACUACAAAGCCGCCGCAGUUGGCGUCACUAAAUUUUCUCCACUGCACGAUAAAGUGCUAGAAGAGACUGGAAAAAAAAUAAAGAGAGAACUAAAGAACUCCUCAAAAGAUCCGACGAACACGUACGAGUAUCGAGGGGAGUUAAGGAAGCUUGCUGAUUUCCGAAAUGACCAUUUGAUUACAGAAAUCCAACAAAAAGCACCCAACUUGCAUUGCCUUGUUUCUUCGUCAUUUCCAAGGAACAAAAAAGUAAAGAACGCGAAAAACAAGGAAGCAUUGAUCUUUGCAAGCAUUCUGAAUCCAUGGAUUCCGAACUCUUAUUUUACAUUUAGAAUUAGCACCAUUCUAGUGCUUGGAGGUUGUAAGAAGGAGGAGAUGGACUGUUUUAACAAGCUAGGCCUCGCGAGCCAUCCUAACAGCGUGCGAAACAUGCAGAAGAAAGCAUGCUUUGCUUUCGACAAAGCUGCGACGAACUGGAAAGAUGAGAUA